AUGAUUAUUUAAAAGUAUUAAGCCCUAAUUUUUUUGAUGAUUUUGUUGACCAACAAUUAAGAAAUUUCAUAGAAAUGUGUUUGUGGACAUGUUCGAAGUAAAGCUGAAUGCUAGCAAUCUGGAUUUUGUACUUGGUAAAAUGAAAGUUGUUUAUUAAACUAUGAACGAACAAAAAUAAUUUUGGAUGAGAAAACAAAUGAUGAUUGUAAAUAUUUUGCAGAAGAUGAGUGCAGAGAAUAAUAUGAAUGUAGUUUUUAUUUGGGUUUUUGUGUAAACUUUGUAGAUUGUAACAUUUUCAACAAAGAUCAUUGUUAAUAAUCUUCAUAUAGAUGUGUGUCAGAUGGUAGAAGGUGUGUAGAAAAAUAAAAAUGUAGUGAUUAUAAAACAGAGAUAGGAUGUGCAAAUCAAAAUAAAGAUGGUGGUUAUUGUUUAUGGGUUUAAGAAAUGAAAGAUAAAUGUCGAGAUAUUUAGAAAUGUGAAGAACUUCCAAUAUAUUUUACAAAUCAUAUUAUGUGUUAAUAAGGUUUAGAUGGAUGUACUGUAAAUGAUAAAGGUUAUGGAUGUAUAAAUUAAAAAGACUAAUGUAUUGAAUACUAGAAUGAUUUUCAAUGUUUUUAAAGUAGAUAAAACAAAAAUAAUUGUUUUUGGGAUAAUAGAAAUAAAAAAUGUUUCUAAAAAAUUUGUGAAAAUCUACCAUUUUCUUAAGAUUAUGAAUGUAAAUCAAUUUUGAGUGAUUGUACUACCAAUGGAACUCAUUGUAUUUUAAGAAAAUAAUGUAGUGAUGUAUAGAAUAAAUUUGGUUGUAUUACUGAUAUUUAAGGAAAUAAAUGUGUAUUUCAUUAAAAUUAAAGUAAAAUAAAGAGAUGUGAUACAGCUUCAGAUACAUUUACAAAUUAUAAACAAUGUUAAGAUUAUGAUAAUUUUUUGGAUUGUGUUACUUCUGAAAAUGGAGGAUGUAAAUAGAGACCUAAUUAAUGUGAAGGUUAAGUUGGUUAAGAUGAUUGUAAAUCAAUAGAAUAACAAAAUUGUAUAUGGUUUAAUAAUAAAUGUGAAAAAAGAGGAUGUUAACAUGCUCCAGAUCAUUAUAAUAAAUAAGAUUGUUUAGAAUAUGGAAAUUGUAUAGAAAAAAUAGGUGGAGGAUGUUAAGUUAAACCAAAUAGUUGUGAAGAGAUUUUAUAAGAAUAAUAUUGUGAAUUUAAUUUUAAUCAAGAAAGAUGUAUUUGGUUAAAUAAUAGAUGUACAUUAUUAGAAUGUAAUAAAUUAAAACUACCUAAUUACUAAAAUCAUUAAAUGUGUUAAAAAGCUAGUACAUUUUGCACAUUUAAUAUAGAGUAAUUUGGUUGUGCAGAUUAUAAAUGUGAAAAUAUUUCUGAAAUUGAGUAUUGUAGAAUUGAUUCAAUUGGAACAGUUUGUACAAUCAAUAAAGGAUGUAUUGAAAAAAAAUGUAAAACUGCUCCAAUAACUUAUAAUACUAAUUAAACAUGUGAAGAAUGGUUAUCAUAUUGUACUGUUAAUGUAUAAGUUUUAUAAAAUUCAAAUAUAUUAAUUGGAUGUGUUAAUAAAUAAGAUAAAUGUGAAGAUGCACUUGAAUAAUAAUGUUAUUCUACAUUUUCAGGUAUUAAUUGUAAAUGGGAUAAUAUUAAUAAUAAAUGUCUUUAUAAAUUAUGCACAGAUGCAGAUCCUAAUAUAUAUUUAAAUAAUUAAGAUUGUAAAUCAUAUCAAGUUUUAGAGGGUAAUUGUAUAAUAGCAUCUUCUGGUUAGGGAUGUUAAGUUUGGCCAAAUAAUUGUGAUGAAUUGAUAAGUGAAAUUUAAUGUUAAUUAAAUCUAUAAGAUGGAACCAAAUGUUUCUGGACUGGUAGUGUAUGUAAAAUAUUAGAAUGUUCAGAUGCUUCUAUAAUUAAUUAUACUAAUAAUAUUGAAUGUAAUUCUUGGAUUGAUUAUUGUAUUUAUAAUUCAAUUUUAGGAGGAUGUAUGAAUAUGGAGAUUUAUAAUAAAAAUAUAUAAUAUAUAUAUAUAUUAUAACACAUCAAGAUUGUGAAAACUUUUUAUCAAAGUGUACAGUAAAUCACAUUAUUAGUUCUUGUUAACCUCUUUCUUAUUAUUGUGAUUAUUUAUAUGAAUAACAAUGUGUAAUCACAAUGUAUUAAUUACCUUGCAAAUGGGAUAUAGUAAAUGGAUUAUGUAAAGAUAUAUUAUGUAAUGAAAAUAUAACAGCUUAAACAGAAGCUGAAUGUUUAAAUUUUAGAAAAUUUAAUUAAUGUCAAUUAACUAUUUAAUCUAAUGGUUCAUUAGGACCUGGAUGUGAGUCAAGACCAUAUUAUUGUGAAGAAGUUACUAAUCCUAUUAAAUGUAAAUUAACUCUAACAUAAUAGAAUCAUAGAUGUUAUUUUUAUGAUUAUUAUUGUAGAGCUGUACUUUUUGAUAGAUGUGAAUUUAUUAAAGAUAGUAAAAGCAAUGAGGUUUGUCAAUUUUACCAUCCAUCCUGUAUUCUAUAACCAAGUGGAUAAGGAUGUUAUACUUUUGAAAAUUGCAAAUAUUUGUCUAGUAAUCUUUGUAAUAGUGCAAUUACUAAAUACAAUUAUAAGUGUUAUUAUUAAGACUAUUGUCGUAUUGAUGAUAAAUGUUCUAAUAGAUACCUAUCAGAAUUUUUUUGUUAAGGCAAGAAAACCUCAUAUGGAUAAAUGUGUUACUUUCGCUCUAAUUGUUCUACUUCUUGUUAUUAAGGUUAUUGUGGUACUUUUUGUGAUAAUACUUGCGAAUUAUAAAUUGAAAAAAAGUAUCUUUCAUUUAAUACAUUUGCAUCAUUUUCAGAAAAGAGUUAAGCAUGCUAAAACUAUUCAUCAAAUUAUAAAUAUGAUACUUAUUGCAAUUGCUGUUAAGCAAUAACUUCAUGCAUUUAAUAAACUGGUGAAUAAUAAAUAUGUAAUAAUACAGUUGCUAAUUAAUAAUGUGGAUAUAAUUUCUCCAAUAAUACUUGUGAAUCUAGAAUAUGCAGACAUUUAACUUAUACAAAUUAUUCUGUACUUACAGAUUAAAUUUGUUAUAAUUGAAUAUAUAAUUGUAUUCUUGAUACAAUUGGUUGUACUAAUUAUACAGAUGAUUGUACAACGAUAAAAUUAAUUCAAUAAUGUUAUUAAUUUUCAUGUCAAUGGUAAGCUGGUAAAUGUGUAAAAUAUAUUGAUUGCCAAAUUAAUACAACAGCUGUUACAAAUUAUGAAUGCCUCUUAUUUAAUUCAUCAUAUUGUAGAUUAAAUUAUAUUAAAGGUUAAGGAUACGCUUUUUAUAAUUGUGGUUAGAUUUAAGACUAAACAAUAUGUAAUUAAUCAAAUCUUGUUGAUGGAUAAAAUUGUAUAUGGAUAAAUUAUUAAUGUAAGCAAAAAUUUUGUUCAGACUAUACAAUAGAAUCUGACUGUGAAAAUUCUUAUGGUUUUUAAGGGAAAGUAGUAACUAAAUGUUUUUGGUGUAUACAUAAUACUACAAAAUGCUCCAAUAACAAAUAUUGUAGUUUAAGUAGUUUAAGUUCUCCUUAAUCACAUUAAGAUUGUUAAAAUGAAAAUAUAGAAUACACUAUUUCUUUUUAAACAGAUUAUAAAUGCACAAUCAAAAAAUUAAAUUGCGAAUUUUACGAUUACAAAGAAGCUUGUGUUAAAAAUAUUGACGGUUUACUUUGUGAAUGGAUGUCUAAUUUAUGUGUAAAUAAGUGUUAAGCAGUUAAUAUAAUUCCUGCUGUAAAAUAAGAUUGUUUUAAUUGGCAUUCUAAUUGUAUGUUAGAUCCACUCUCCAAAUGCAAACCCUUAAGUUGUUCAUUGUUAUUAUCAUAUGGUGACUGUAAUAUUUACACUGAAAAAUGCUUUUGGAAUAAUGGAUCAUGCUAUGCUAUUGGUACUUGUAACGCAUAUUAGAAUAAUAUUGUAUGUUCAAAUACUUCAAAAAAUGCAUAAGGUAUUCCUUGUUUUUGGAACAAUACAUAAUGUGAAGAAAAAACAUGUUCCAAUAAUCCUACUGCACCAUCAUCUCACUUAGAUUGUAGUAAUUGGCUUCCUAAUUGUUAUUAUGAUAUCAAUUUACAUUAAUGUAUUGAAGAUUGUACAACUGCUGAUAAUUCAUAUAUUACUCAUGAUUUAUGUUAAUCUUACUAUCAUAGCAAAAUUUGCACAGUAAAAUUAGAUGUAAUUUAAUGUGUUGAUCUUCCUAUUUCAUGUGAUUUAGCACAAAAGACAUAAUGUUAUAAAGAUAGAGAUGGAAACCAAUGCUACUUUUAAGUAUCAUAAAUUAGAUGCAUAGUUUUAACAUGUUCAAAUUUGGAAUCAGAUUUUACUAGUCAUGAUAAAUGUAACUAAAAAUUAUAAGAGUGUACAGUUAAUGAAACUUUGAAUGGAUGCUAAUAAUUGAAUAAUUGCAGUAGUUAUUUAAUUUAAGAAUAAUGUUAAAUUGAUUAAAAUAAUAUUUAAUGUGAAUGGAUUAAGACUCAAAAUAAAUGUAUGAUGGUUGUUAUAAAUGUACAAUUCAUUGUCCAUAGGGAUGUAAUAUUUGUAUUGGCAAAUAAUGUUAGGAAUGUUAUUAGAAUGGAUGGUAAUUGGUUGAAGGUAUUUGUAAAUCAAAAUGUGGAGAUGGUUAUGUAAGAGGUAAUGAAUUAUGUGAUGAUGGAAAUGAUAUUCCAUAUGAUGGAUGUUUUUAAUGUACUUAUUAGUGUCAUCAGAAAUGUGUUAUUAAGGAUAAUGUAUUUAAUGUGA